ACUAGGAUGCUCUUGAGCGCGGUGAAAGGAGGAUAAUCUGCCCACAGCUCAAGCGCUCAAGAGCCGAUAAAGACCCACCAUCUGACGCGCUGUGAACGCCACAGUCUGCUGUGUUAUCAGUGUUUGUACACAACAUGGAGGAAUGCAGCAUCGAGUAAUGUGAUCAGAGCAGAUCGCUUCAGCUGGUGCAGAUUAAUGUGGAGAGAUGGAAAUGGGAGCGAGGGAUAUCCGAACCUCUCUGAUGAUGGAUUUUAUGGAGGAGCCCGCAGCCUGUGAUGGGAGCUAAAGGUUUAUCUUGCUGGCUGUAGUCGCUUCCUGGUGGAUCUUUUGGUGUGAGCCUGCGUCUCCUCUGCAGACAGACAGCAGGAGUGGGCCGCUGUUCGUCCUUUGACUUGAGGGGGACUGUGAGAGUGAAAGCAAGGCAUUCUGGGAAGCCCAGCCAGUCCUGGAUGUGGUUGAGUCCCAGCUAUCAGCAGCAGAAGAAAAGUUUAUCCAAUGCUGCCCCUCUAUAUACUGAAGCUCACCUCCAGGGGCAUCAUGAGUGGAUAACGGGCAUGGCCGGAGGCGGUGCAUAGGUCAAGGGGUGGGGCAACUGCAGUGGAUGGGCAGCUUUGAGUGGAAGGGAGGUUCUGUAAAUGAUGACCAGCCUUUUCCGCCGGAGUAACGCGAACAGUAACCAUGGCAGCAGUACACGAGGGGAUGAUGCUGCCUCGGGGGAUCUCAAUAACAGGAGGCCUCCACGUCAGGUCCGGCAUUUGGAGUUUAGCCAGGCUAUGGAUGACUUUAAGACGAUGUUUCCCAGCAUGGAGCAUGAGGUUAUCGAGUGUGUCUUGAGGGCUAACCAUGGUGCUGUCGACUCCACCAUUGACCAGCUCCUGCAGAUGAGCUUGGAUAGCCAAGCCACAGAUGACAGCUCAGAUUCUGAGGACAGCAUUCCUCCAGAGAUCCUGGAGAGAACGCUGGAGCCGGACAGCUCAGAUGAGGAGCCUCCACCGGUCUACGCUCCGCCUUCCUAUGACAUGCACAUCUAUGACAGAAAACAUCCCGCAGAUGUUCCAUCCACACCACCACCCAGGUUCGAUGAUUAUCCCCCUCCUGGGCAUCAGCAGGUUGGCAGAUACAGGAACUGGAAUCCACCGUUACUAGGCAACCUCCCCGAUGACUUCCUGCGGAUCCUGCCUCAGCAGUCAGAGAGUCUUCAGCGUUCUCAGAGCAGCCUGUCUCAGCCUUCCUCCUCCUCCUCUUCGUCCCUGUCAUCCCUGACGCAGCUCUCGUCCAGCAGUGGUGCCCUGUCAGGUAGCGUUUGGUCUUCCGAACAGGACAGGAAGUUGAAACAGUACUUGGAGGACGAGAGAAUCGCCCUUUUCCUGCAGAAUCAGGAGUUCAUGAAAGAGCUACAGCGUAACAGAGACUUCCUCAUAGCUCUGGAGAUAGAUCGUCAGAAGUGCGAGAAAACACAGUGUGGUCAUUCAUCCGCUUGCACGGAGAACUCCACCGAAGGUGAUACCUGUGGCUCGGGGUCUGAGGAGGCCUGUUCAUCUGUCUCUGAUGAUGCCUUAUUCAUGGAAAAACUCAAGCACAUGGGCAAAUCUACAAGGAAGAAGCUUUUUGAAAUUGCUAGGUCAUUCUCGGAGAAGACCAGAAGGAAGAAGUCCAAAAAGCGAGCUCUGCCCAAACAUCAGUCAUAUCCUCAUAUGUCCAGCCCAGACAGUCACUGCCUGAAGGUUGCAUCUAUUCUGGGCUCUGCAAACUCCACCAUCAAUCUCCUGGAUGAAAUAGAGGGGCCGCUGUCAGCUGAGGGUGAUAGCCAACUUAAGAGGCUUUCAGGAAGAGAGGAAGGGGAGGAAUCAAAGGAAGUGAUGUCAUGAUGGAUGAAUAAUGGCCGGAGCAGCCAAUGGUCUCUGGAUUUGAAAACUAAAGCAUCAUGAAGAUCAAGAUUUUACUCAGUUUCCUGCAAUGCUUUAUUAAACCUGAGCCAUGAAAUCAUUGUAGUUCUAUUGUUUGUAAUAUUCUGGUUCAACAGUCUCUCUUGUAGUUUCUGAAUGGCAUGUGGUGUAGCAGAUCAGGUGGUGUUAAGAAGACUGCUGUGUCGAGUCAGUGCUCAUGCUGUACUCAGAACAUCCACAAGCACAAAACCUCACUGCUCAGCUUGAUAAGAAAAUCUGUUUAUCUCAGGAGAAUUUAAACGGCCUGGAGCCCAUGUACAGUUCCUGUCAUGUUUAGAGAUUAUGCUCUUUCCAUUCCUCAUGAUCAUAUUUGAUAGAUAACAUAUUAAUUUGAUAUCUGGGUGAUUGGUUAAAAAUUAGUUAUCAGAUUUAGUUGCGAUGUUGAAAUGUGUUUUCAACCAACUCACAAUCUAAAAUCAUGCUUCAAGUCUUCUUUUCACCAUUCCUGAAAUGAUUCAUGAUUUUAUUCUUAGUGUAAAGUAAGAUCUGGUUGUGUGUAUUUACACUGGGAUAGUAAAUAUAUUGUAAUAAUUUUCACAGUUUAGGGCUGUUAGCUCACUGUAAAUUGCUAUUGAUUUUCAGAGGAUCAUUUUGUUUGUUAUUAAAUAAAUUACAUUUUGAAACCAA